ACAGAGCACAAGGAGACUUUUCUCAGAACUCACUCCCACACCAUCUUAUUUUAUCUGAUCAGAUCUUGACGCCUCCUUGGAUGGGUAUGUAACCGGGCAAACUGAACUAAUUUUGGAAGGUUUGUUAACAUUCAGUCCAGUCCUAUCAUUAAGGAAAUUCCACUCUGGAUCAUUCUGCUCCUUCCCCCAGGACCUUCCCUCUUAUAUAGAGGGUUCUAAAAACCUCUUAGACUGACUUAUCAGAUUCCCAGAAAGAUGAUCAUGUCUUCGCCUCUCCUGUUCCUCACUGUGACUUCCUCGGUUGCUGCAAGUCGUUUCACCCUCAGUGAAAUACCGGUACCAAGGCAAGCAGAGAAUGAAUGCAUCUGCAGCAUAGUGAUCCCUGACAGCUUCCCUUCACAAAUGAUCGAUUUUGCAGAAGAUGCCCUCAGGAACCUGACCCAGCUUGUCCAAGAGGAGAUGGAGAAGAUUAUACCAAUCAUUCAGAACAUAACAUCAUAUAAUGAUGCAGUGAAUAAUAUGACAAAUGCUAUACUAGAUAUAGAGACAAAUGGCAUCAAGGAUGAAGCAGAUUAUCUGAAAACUACAAAUGAAAUUGGCAAGCUGGCAAAUGCAUCUGACUUUCUCGUCACUCUCCUAAAUGAAACAGAUGAUGUGAUUGAGAACAUCCUUAACCAGGUCAACAAUGUCUCCAGUGUGGUGUGGCAGCUAGAAAGUUUUGAUAAGAAUGGGGUAUUGGUGACACACAGAGAAAUGGCUGCCCUCCGGAAACAACUGGCUGAGUGUGAAGAUGCUAUAACAAACCUCAACUUUGGUGUACCUGCAGUUGGCCGGUUGACUCAUGAGUAUGGUAAAUGUGAUCAAAAAGAGAUGGUGAACAUUAGCAAGCCUUUCAUAGUGAAGCUGAACUGGCGAGGUUUCAGCUACAAAUACGGAGCUUGGGGAAAGGACUUUGCCAUCAACAACAAGAAUCCAGAUAUGUACUGGGUUGCUCCACUCAACACAGACGAACGCUUAAUGGAGACCUACCGCCUCUAUAACACGUACAAAGACCUGCUCUUGUACAAAAACCAAAUAGAAAAAAGCCUUUCGCAAUUUGUUGGCUUCAGCUGGAACUACAUGAACUGUGGCCAGGGAAGUGGAGGAAUCUUAUACAAUGGCAGCUUCUACUACAACUGUCACAACUCCAGGAACCUCUGCAAGCUGGAUAUUGUCACCAAUAACUUCAAGCGCAAGACGAUGGAGGGGGCGGCUUUCAACAACUGGUUUUCCUACAUGGGUGUUAGAUGGCAGGACUUUGAUUUUGCCGGAGAUGAGAAAGGUCUAUGGGUUGUCUAUUCAACAGAAAACAGCAAGGGGAAAAUAACCAUUGCACAACUCGAUCCUGAAAACCUAGAUACAAUCAAGAAAUGGGAAACAGCAUUGUAUAAGACGAAUAUAACCAACACAUUCAUGAUCUGCGGCGUGCUGUAUGCUCUCAAGCGACAGACUGCCCAUAAAGAGACAAUAUUUUACACCUAUGACACUAAUACAGGCAAAGAAGGCACUUUAAACAUUGCCCUAGAAAAACUCUCAGAUACACCACAAAGUGUGAGCUACAACCCGAACGAUCACAAGAUAUACAUGUAUAAUGAUGGCUACCUGGUUACUUAUGAUGUUAUAUUCAAGCCCCGGCCCAUGACCACCUGACGGAGUGUGGCCACUGUGAAUGGGCAGAAUUCUCUUAUGACAGUUCACAAAGGGUGGCAGCAAUUUGCAGUAAUAUGAGACAGAGAAGGAGGGAGGGAGGGAAAGACAGCUAAGACCAGCUGUGUGUAUCAGUCAUCUACUGGCACAGAUUUUUAACAUAUCUAAAUA